AUGCCUUCCCAGGACGAAAGUAAUAUCGUUCUUGAAUUUCAAUCUAGAGUGAUGAGCACUUUCAUAUCUGACCCUGCCGCAUGGCUUCGAAGAGAGCGCUGGCAUCUCAAAAUGGAUAACAGUACGACGCAACCCCGUGGCAUUAAACUCGAUUCAAACGCCAGCCAUAGGACGGCGCCGCCGGACAGCGUCACUGAAUCCCAAGUGUCCAGCGAAGACCUAAAACUUAGUGUCGCCAGCGACCAUCAAGUCACGUUCCGAGCAUUACCAGUUACUUGA